AACCAGUUUCUCCUUUCAUGUUUUCUUGAUAAAAAAGAAAUCGAAGAACAAAAGAGGAGAAAAGGGCUCUUCUUCACUUGUGAUCUAAAUUUCGAAACCACAUUAUCAUGACAAAGGAACACGCCAAUUGGUCUCCAUACGAUAACAAUGGAGGAACUUGUGUGGCGAUUGCUGGUGCGGAUUAUUGUGUGAUUGCUGCGGACACUCGGAUGUCCACCGGUUACAGUAUUCUCACCCGAGAUUACUCCAAAAUCUGUAAACUAGCGGACAAAAGCUUCAUGGCUUCUUCAGGAUUCCAGGCCGACGUGAAAGCACUUCAAAAGGUCCUGUCUUCUAGACACCUGAUUUAUCAACACCAGCACAACAAACAAAUGAGCUGCCCUGCUAUGGCUCAGCUUCUUUCAAACACCCUCUACUACAAGCGUUUCUUUCCUUAUUACGCCUUUAAUGUUUUAGGUGGCCUUGAUAGUGAAGGUAAGGGCUGCGUUUUCACAUACGACGCUGUUGGAUCCUACGAAAGAGUUGGAUACAGUGCUCAAGGUUCUGGUGCCACACUCAUCACUCCAUUCUUGGACAACCAGCUAAAAUCCCCGAGCCCGCUUCUGUUACCCGCAAAGGACGCUGUCACGCCACUUUCAGAAGCUGAAGCUGUGGAUUUGGUGAAGACGUGUUUUUCAUCCGCCACAGAAAGAGAUAUAUAUACUGGAGAUAGUGUUGAAAUUAUAAUCCUAAAUGCUAAUGGUGUUCGUCGUGAAAGUGAACAGCUGCGCAAGGAUUAGUUACCAAACUGAAGAUUGCCUCUCGGCCAGCCCUUUUUCAAUUUCCGUAAAUCAAACUUGUUUAGACAAGGGUCGUUGCACUCUUUUUAGACUAUUAAUGUUCAAGGUCUUCAAUUUACUUUUGUCGAUGAAUUUAUGUGCGUCCGAUGACUUGUUUAAUGCUUUUUUGAAAUUAAAACCAGUUUGUUUGAACUA